CUCCUCUUCUGUGUCUCUCCUUUUCUUUCUUUAAACGUUCCUAUUUGUUUCUUACUUUUUCUUCUAUUCAAUUUAAAACGUUAUUCCCCAGUAUUGGAGCUAAUGCUGGCCGGAUUAUUCAACAAAGUAUAAAGAUAAUGUCUGUGUACGACGUCGCUUUCCUUAACGCCGAGCUAUCAAAGCCGACGCCGAUUUUCGGGGUAAGACUAUGGGUACUCGUCGGCCUUCUUUUCGCUUCAUUCAUUCUCUUCACUUUGUUUCUUCUCUCACUUUGCCUCACUGCCCGCCGCAAAUCCGAUAGACACCACCACCUGCACCCUUCCCCAUCAAUCUCCAAAGAGGUUCAACAAAUAAUCCAUCACCCAUCCGCUGCCGAUCACCACCCUAUCUCGCAGUCCGCGGAGUUGGGAAAAAUGGAGCACGGAAUGGUGUUCUCGAGUGAGGAAAGUAGAGGGCCGACGAGUGCAGGUGCCACUGACACGGCAUCAUUGGGGAGUGGAAGUACGGGGCCGGAAGUGUCUCAUCUUGGCUGGGGAAAAUGGUAUACUUUGAGGGAACUAGAACUAGCUACGAAUGGAUUGUGUGAAGAGAAUGUGAUUGGUGAAGGUGGCUAUGGAAUUGUUUUCAUUGGCGUUUUAACUGAUGGAGCUAAAGUAGCUGUUAAGAACUUGCUUAAUAACAGGGGCCAAGCUGAGAAGGAAUUUAAGGUGGAGGUGGAAGCAAUCGGGCGAGCACGACACAAGAAUCUCGUGAGACUGCAUGGAUACUGUGUUGAAGGUGCAUAUAGGAUGCUUGUAUAUGAGUAUGUUGACAAUGGCAAUUUGGAACAAUGGCUCCAUGGGGAUGUUGGGGAUGUCAGUCCUCUUACAUGGGAUAUCCGGAUGAAUAUCAUAUUGGGAACGGCAAAAGGUUUGGCCUACCUUCAUGAGGGUCUUGAACCCAAGGUUGUCCAUCGGGAUGUAAAAUCUAGCAACAUCCUACUUGAUCGCCAGUGGAACCCCAAGGUUUCUGAUUUUGGGCUUGCUAAACUCUUGCGUUCUGAAAGGACUUACGUGACAACUCGAGUGAUGGGAACAUUUGGCUAUGUUGCUCCGGAGUAUGCUUGUACUGGAAUGCUGAAUGAGAAGAGUGAUGUCUACAGCUUUGGAGUGCUUAUUAUGGAGAUUAUCUCUGGGAGAAGUCCCGUUGACUAUAGCCGACCGCAAGGGGAGGUGAAUUUGGUGGAAUGGUUAAAAAUCAUGGUUGGGGAUCGAAAAUCCAAGGAAGUAGUUGAUCCUAAACUACCUGAGAUGCCUGCUUCAAAAGCACUUAAACGUGUACUGUUGGUUGCUCUUCGAUGUGUUGAUCCUGAUGCAACAAAGAGACCAAAAAUGGGACAUGUUAUCCACAUGCUUGAGUCUGAUGACCUGCUAUUCCAUGAUGAACGGCGGAAUGCUAGAGAGCAUUCAAAUGGCCAGCAAACGAAUAGCAAUGCCACAAAGUUAGGUGGCAGCCGAUUUGACAGGGCCUCUGCUUCUCAUACAUAUGAAGGCAAUAGCGAAAGGAACCAUCACCAGCCAACUAGGUGGAGAUAAUGCUAUCAAUGACUAGGUAACUAGCAAAUUUAAGCCUCUCAUGAAGCAUUUUCUUUCUUUCUUUAUUUGUCUGUGUAUUAGUUCCCCAGUGUUUUGAUUGUAUAUGCUCCAUUUAAGCAAACAAUAAUCUGCAUUUAUCUAUGCCUUCUAUACAAUAUGCAUUUGUAAAAAAAAAUGGAUGAACUCAUAAUUGUUAUACCAUUUGUAAUUGAUUGUCUUCAUUUAUUUAUAAGAAAAAAGAAAAGGUUUCUGGUUUGGUA